AUGGCAGCGGCAUUAUCGAAAGGCGGCCGAGCGUGGCUGCUGAUAAAGGCCGUCGUCCUUCGCAUUCUGAUGCGUAUUGGAAUGUUCUUCCACGGAUUUCCUCUGCCUGGGCCGUUGGACGCACACUUCACUCGCAAGCUGCCGCGGCGUUUUCCGUAUUCGCAAUCUGUGAAGCUCCAUUUCUACACGCCGAAAGACUAUGCAAAGGCAUCCUCGCAGGGCACGAAAUACCCUGUAGUUGUGAAUUUCCACGGCGGCGGUUUUUGCUUGGGAAGAGCGACGGAUGAUGUUCGAUGGGCGCAUAUUGUGAACAAAACCGCAAACGCUGUCGUCGUGAGCGUGGAUUACCGACUAGCGCCAGAGCACCCAUUCCCCGCGGCCGUGGACGAUGGUGUCGACGCCUUGCUUUAUCUACAAGACCAUGCGGAAGAACUAUAUCUUGACACUACACGGAUCACUCUUACAGGGUUUUCUGCCGGUGGCAAUCUGGCAUUUUCGGUGCCCCUUCGUUUACAAUCCCACUUCACAGAACUGGGCUAUGACAGCGCGAAUUCCAGUAGACCAGACCUUCUCAGGAACGAUUCUACUCACAAACUCCUUACCGCCACCACAAACACCCACCCGAAUAUGCAAAUUGUUUCUAUAGUCUCCUGGUACCCUAUCCUCGACUUUGUUCUAUCCCGAGAAAUUCGGCGUAACCGAUGUGCUUUCCCUGGAAAGUCUCUCUCCCCAGUGCUCACAGACCUUUUUGAUAAUAGCUAUCUACCAGACCAUGUCGAUCGCGCGUCACCUUUUGCUUCUCCCAUCCAUGCGUCCGACCAAAUGCUUGCCGAUGCCCUGCCUCACGACGUCUUCAUAUACAUGUGUGAAUGGGAUAUGCUACUGCAUGAAGGCAAGCAGUUUGUCCAGCGAUUAGAAAAUCAGGGGAAAAAGGUGCGAUCGAUGAUGAUAGAACAGUCAAAACAUGCGUGGGAUAAAUCGGCGAAUCCGUUUAGGGACCAAGGAAAGAUCGAUGUCUUUUAUUUGGCUGCAGCAGAACAUAUGAAAACAAUUUUUCAAAGGGGAAGUGGGAGAGAACUAAAUGCUUGA